AAAUACAUAUAUAAAAUAAUGCAAAGUGGUCUUUUUGAUUUGAAAGCAGAAUUAAUAAGAAAAGAAGAGCAGUUGGUUUCAAAAAAACAAAACGUUCCUGCUGAAAAGAGUAAUAAAACAUUUUCCAAGAUUUCAGCUUUGACAGGAAAACAAAAAAAAAAAUUGAAAAAUGAUGUUUCUGUUUCUCUUACUUCCGAUAAAGAAAUUGAUGAUGAAUCUGCAGCUUUAUUUGAAAAAGCAAGAGCUAAGCUAGAAGCUAAAUCGAGGCUUUAUGAAAAAAUGCAUUCUGGUGAAAUGGAAGACUUAGAAAACAUAUAUGGUGAAACAACGUUUCUUGUUGAUUUUCAUAAAAAAUCUGAGGAUGAAAAAAAUGAUGAGAAUAAAAAUGGAAAAAAAAAGUCAUUUGAAACAAAAGGAUCUUAUGCAUUGUUUGAAGCUGACGAAGAAAAUCGUGAAAGAUUAAGAGAAAAAUGGGCUCGUGAGCAGCAGGAAAUUUUAGACGGACCUGUUCAUUAUGAAAAUAUUAAAUUUGAUGAAGUUCGGAAUUUAGGAACUGGAUAUUUUGCUUUUUCAAAAGACGAACAAACCCGAAAAGAGCAGUUAGAAGAAUUAAAUAAAUUAAGGGAAAAUACCAAAAAUAUUCAGAAUAAAAAAGAAAUACUAAAUAACAAACGAAAAGCUUUAUUAGAAGAUAGACUAGCAAAAGUUAGACAAAAAAAGUUGGGAAAAAUUGAUAUAGAAACAAACAUUGAUCAAAAUGAAUCUAAUAAUAAAAAACUUACUUUAGAUCAAACUAAUUUGUCUGAUGUUUCCAAGUCAAAUGAGUUAGAAUCAAAUACAGCAGAUAUAAAUACUUUUAUUCAAGAGUGUCGGAAACAAACAAAAAUGACUAGGGAAUGGGAUAAAGGAAAACAUGAAACAUAUGUUGAACAAACGUUUGUAAAACCUUCAAUAUCUUAUGAAAAAAUAAUUCAUGCUAGAAGACAAGACAGAAAUGAGGAUUUUGCACCACCUAAUUUUUAUUAAUUUUAUUAAAUUAUAAUUCUUAAAUUUUUUCAGUUAUUUUUGAAAUUGUUUAUAUUACAUCAGUUAAUUUAACAAAAUUUAUUGUAUAUGCAUAUUAUAAAAAUGUCUUUGAAUAAAUUCUGUAAAAAAAU